AUGACGCAAAAGCAGGACCUCCCGAAGGGUGCACCCUGGGCGGCGGAUGGCGGUUCCAGCGGCAUGGCCGGCAUCGGUUUCCCCACUAGUCACCAGCACCAUCAUCACCACCAGCAGCAGCAUCUGCCGCUGCACCAGACCCCCUCGUCUCUGCUGACGCCCCACCAGGAGCAUCCGGGCGAGUCCGGUGGCGGCGUCGGCGGCGGUCAGACGACGUACAUGUUCCCGGGGCGGGAUGCAGGAACAAACACCAACAGCACCGUGCCUUCGACGAGCAGGAUUCUGCUCGACUACCCCCGUCCGGCCAUGACCCUGACGGCGGUGGGUGGCGGUCACUCGCGCUCCGUCAGCCACGGCGAGGGCUCGUUCGGCGGGACGGUCGGUCUGGCGGGUGGCGUGGCCGGUGCGCGUCCAUCGGCCCUUAAGUCGGCCGUUAAGGGUGGCCACCAGAGGGCACUGUCGCAGGGCCAGAUCAUGGACGCGCCACCAAGUGCGACACGCGGACACAGCCGGGUCGGUUCCAAGACAGACUUCAUCCUACCGCCCGGCCACAAGGAACCGCCGGAGCAGCGCACCACCGACCAGGGGGCCGCGCCCGGUUCGGCCAACUCGGCCGGGUCCGCCAAGGGUCACUCGCGGCAAGCGUCGCGCUCGGAGUCGAUCUACACGCUGCGGCGGGCCGAUAUGCCGCCCUGGUGGAAGCGCUUCCUGUUCUUCCGGGCGCGCAGCAGCGGCAAGCUGGAGGACCACGGUUACCGGAUAGUGGUGCCUAACCACACGGUGCCCCCGAAGACGCCACGGCGCGACCACCCGAACGGGCGGCUCGGCGGCAACAAGAUCCGGACCACCAAGUACACGCUGCUGUCGUUCGUGCCGAAGAAUCUGCUCGAGCAGUUCCACCGGAUCGCCAAUCUGUACUUCAUCUUCAUCGUGCUCCUCAACUGGUUCCCGCAGAUCAACGCGUUCGGCAAGGAGAUCGCCAUGAUCCCGGUGCUGUUCGUGCUCGGUGUCACCGCGAUCAAGGACCUGUUCGAGGAUCGGCGCCGGAAGGCGUCCGACAAGCGCAUCAACAACUCGACCUGCCGCGUCUACAACGGCGAAUCGGAGCGGUACAAGAAAGUCCUCUGGCAAGACAUUCGGGUGGGCGAUUUGGUCCACCUGUCCAACAACGAAACCGUCCCGGCCGACAUCCUGCUGCUCAAGUCGAGCGAUCCGCACGGUGUCUGCUACAUCGAUACGUGCGAUCUGGACGGGGAGACCAAUCUGAAGCGCCGUCAGGUCGUGCGGGGAUUCGUCGAAAAGCAGCAUAUCUUCGCGCCGAACAAGUUCACCAGCCGGAUUGAGGUAGAUGCACCGACGACGAAAAUCUAUCGCUUCCAUGGCGCAGUCAUACACCCUUCCGGCGAGCGCGUGCCGAUUUCGACGGAGAGUCUGCUGCUGCGAGAGAGCCGACUGAAGAACACCGACUAUGCGGAAGGUAUCGUGGUGUAUGCUGGGCACGAAACGAAGGCCAUGCUCAACAACAGUGGCCCCCGGUACAAGCGGUCCCGGGUUGAGCAACAGAUGAACAUCGAUGUGAUAUGGUGCGUUAUCAUUCUGAUCGUACUGUGCGUGAUCGGUGCGGUCGGCUGUCGGAUGUGGCUAGGCUUCUACGCGGUCGACUCCGACCCGGACGGUCACGAGAAUGGUGGCAGUAACGAUACGACGUUCCGCAUUCCGUUCCUACCGUUCGACAUUAGCCCCGACUACGAGGGACUGCUGGCGUUCUGGACGUUCGUCAUCAUCCUGCAGAUCAUGAUUCCGCUCUCGCUGUACGUUACGAUCGAGCUGUGCAAGCUGAUGCAGGUGUACCACAUCCACAACAACAUCGAGCUGUACGAUGCGGACACGAACAAGCGGACCGAGUGUCGGGCGAUGAACAUCACCGAGGAGCUCGGCCAGAUACAGUACGUGUUUUCGGACAAAACGGGCACGCUGACGGAGAACCGCAUGAUCUUCCGUCGGUGCACGAUCGUUGGUGUCGACUACAACCACCCGGAGACGGAGGAGGAAAAGGAACUGAACAAGAUAGGGGCCCCGGUGCCGAUACUGCAGCCGAACGUGAGUUUGCUGGAGAACUUUCGUGGCAGCGAACCAUCGUCUGCAUCGUCAGCGCCCAGCAACGAGGUCGUUCCGCAGCAGAUACAAGAGUUCUUUCUGGUGCUUGCCAUCUGCAACACGGUGGUGGUGAGUGCGGCCCCGCACAAGGACAACAUGAACGCCAGCGGUGUGAUCGAGAUGAACGACAGUGAGACGAGCGUGACGCUGGUGCGGCCAGCACUCCUGGAAGCGGAUGGAAUCGAGAACCAUCAACUACCAGCGGGUUCUUCGGCGGCAGCGACGGGCUGUGAACCGACGACGUCGGUCGGUGAUCGAUACGCGCGACUUACCGAGAGCCGCUCGAUCACUCCUUCGCCACCGCCAAGCUCCGCACCUACCUCGUUGCAGCUGCGGUCCCACGUGCCAUCGCUGUCCCCGAUCAGCAGCUCGGCGGAAACGUCUCCCAUGUCGGAGAGUCCACCGAUGCGCCUCAAAUCGCUGACAACGCCCACGGCGCGCGUGAAGUCACUCGUUGCCAAGCUCGGUAGCGUGGCCAGCGGGUCGAGGUGCAACGGUGGUGGCGGUGGAGUGUUCAAGAGUACCGAGCGGAACAGCACCGGCAGCAUCGGCAGCACGGGAAAGAAUCGGUUCAAUGGCUCCAAGUUCCAGAAGUCCACUUCGCAGGGCUCGUCGCAGGGUUCAUCGUCGCCUGCUGAUCGGCGGCCGAUCUACGAGGCAGAAAGUCCGGACGAGUUGGCACUCGUCAAUGCGGCCUUCAGCUACGACUGCUGUCUGGUCAAUCGGAGUCCCAACCACGUCCUCGUCAGCGUGCCGCGCGAAGGGGUGAUCGAGUACGAGGUGCUACAGGUGCUGCCGUUCGAUUCGGCACGCAAGUGCAUGUCGGUAGUGGUGCGCCGGUCUGGCACACAGGAGUUGACACUCUACACGAAGGGUGCCGACAGCAGCAUCAUGCCCAAUCUGUUGCCAUGUUUGCCCAACUCGGACGAGUAUCGGUUGCGCGAGCAAACGCAACACCAGCUAAACAUCUACGCCCGCCAGGGUCUCCGAGUGCUGGUGAUGGCCAAGCGGAAGCUUGACCCGGUAGAGUUUAGCGAAUGGUACAGUAAGCACCAGGAGUGCGAGCUCAGCAUGGAGAAUCGGGAGCGCAAGAUGCGCGAUUCGUUCAUCGUACUCGAGCGCAACCUGACGCUCCUCGGUACGACCGGUAUCGAGGAUCGGCUCCAGGAGGGAGUGCCCGAGGCGAUCAGCUCGCUCCUGCAGGCCGGCAUCGUCAUCUGGGUGCUGACCGGUGAUAAGGCGGAAACGGCCAUCAACAUUGCCUACUCGGCCAAACUGUUCAACUCGCAGAUGGACAUCCUCCGGCUGACGGCCCGAUCGCGCGACUCGGCCGAAGCGUGCAUCACCUUUUACCUCAACGAAAUCGAGAAGCAGCUGAACGGUGCGUCCGGUGCCGGGGCCAUCGCCCUCAGCGCACCCAACGACGACGAUGCGUUCGAUCAGCUGGACAAACCGCGCGCCCUCGUGGUGGAUGGUAAAACACUCACCUUCAUACUGGACCUGCGGUCCAACCUCACGAAACCGUUCCUGCGCCUUACGCGCUACUGCUCGUCGGUGCUCUGCUGCCGGGCGACGCCACUGCAGAAAGCAUUCCUGGUGAAGGUGGUCAAAGAGGAGCUGCGCAUCAGCACGCUCGCGAUCGGUGAUGGAGCGAACGAUGUUUCCAUGAUACAGAUGGCCGACGUCGGUGUGGGUAUCUGCGGUCAGGAGGGUAUGCAGGCAGUCAUGGCUUCUGAUUUCUCCAUCGCCAAGUUCAAGCUGCUGGAGAAGCUGCUGCUCGUGCACGGACACUGGAACUACGAUCGGUUGGCGCGAAUGAUUACUUACUUUUUCUACAAAAAUGCCGUCUUUGUUUUCCUGCUCUUCUGGUAUCAGUUUUACUGCGGAUUCUCCGGUGCCGUCAUGAUCGAUCAGGUGAUCCUGAUGAUCUACAAUCUGCUCUUCACGGCGCUGCCUCCGCUGGCAAUCGGUGUGUAUGAUAAGAAAAUUAUCGACGAUCUUCUGCUGGCCUAUCCGCGCCUCUACCAGCACGGCCGUCGGGGGAAGGGCUACAAGUGGUCCACGUUUUGGAUAGCGAUGCUCGAUGCACUGUACCAGAGUUUGGUGAUAUACUUCGUAGCCAACAUGGCGUUCUGGGACACGGACGUGGACGUGUGGGUCUUCGGUACGACCAUUACUUCGUCCUGCCUCUUUGCAAUGCUGCUACACUGUGCCAUAGAAAUCAAAUCCUGGACAAUCCUACAUGCCUUAUCGAUCGGGGUGAGCCUGGUGUCGUUCUACCUGUUUACAUUUGCGUACAAUUCCAUCUGUGUGAAUUGCUUCGGACUGCCGUCCAACUACUGGGUCAUCCACAAAAGCAUGAGUUCGGUGCAGUAUUACCUGAUCACGACGCUCAGUUGCGUGCUUGCCCUCUUGCCACGGUUCACCUAUCGUGUGGUCAAAAACACCGUCUGGCCGUGCGAAGGCAUCCGGGUGACGUUACAGUACAAGGAAGAGAAACGAAGAGGUGAGAAUCUGCUGGUAACCUGGUCUCGGUCGACGUCCGCCUCAUCCAUAUUCAGAGCCUCCCAUCACAGGACUACGCAUAAGACUGUAAACACAGAUAGUUUGUAA